CGUGCUUCCAAUGUGUUAACUUCACAACACUCAAAGAUUCAAUAUCAUUUUACUUGGGAGUGGAUAUCUUAAGUACACUCUGAAGCCAGUGCUGUCUGAGUCCAUCACAAUCUGACGAAGCUAGUACUGUCUGAAGAAGAGGAUGCUGUCUGGAAUGAAUGCUGUCUGAAAAGAUCUUGCCAACAUAAAGCAAUAAUCAACUCGUGGUUUAGGCUGGGAUUAUAAGAUGCUCGGAAAUUUCCACGCAAUAACAUUGUUGUUGUUGUACUUCCUGACUAUAAAAUUGAAAGCUGAACUACAAGAUGUAAACAAGCCCUGUGCGGUAGAUGAGAGAAUACAGAGUGAAUUUUGUAGUCUUCUCUAUGAUGAGAGUAGCGGCCCUUUGACGGAUGUUGGGAAGAGCUACAGAACAUCAAACCAAGAUGUGCCUAGUGAUGUUGUGGUCAAGUCUGCUGGAAGUCUGCCUGAUAAAAGUCUGCCUGUAGGAACUGUCUGUGAUUUACCAAACACGCCAUUCGCUCUUCUAUGUACAGAGAAUGGUUGGCAAAAAGUCACAGAAUCCGAUAAGACUACACUGAACAAGACAAGAAGAAAAAGAUUUGCGGUAACAGUAGAUCUAAAUAUGGGGAAUAACGACUUCACUGAUGAGACAGCAAACAUCACCAUAAUGUGCCCGGAUGUUGCAAGUGUUGUGGCAGACAAGGGCAAGGUCGGCACCAUUGUGUCCUGGAUCCAGGCCACGGUAAACAGCAGGCCAGGGAGUGAAAUAAUUCUACGACAGACUCAGGGUCAGACUUCCGGUACCUGGCACCCCGUGGGUCAGUACACGGUGACCUACCUGGCUAACGAUCUACACGGAAACUACGCCACCUGCUCGGUGAAUUUCAACGUCACAGGUGUCAGAUGUUCUUUUGAGUACACGUACAUGUACCAAGGCAGCGCUGUGUGUACAGCGGAGAAUAUUUACGGCAGCGUGUGUACGUAUGUGUGCAACCAGGGGCAUCAACUCUCAGAUACAUCGCUGGUAGAAUGUUUGAGUGACGGGACUUGGACCGUCCAGAAGCCACAGUGCCAAGCUUUGAAUUGUGACCCGCCUCCCGUCAUAGAGCACGCGUCUGUGUCGUGUAACACUACACACUACAGUGUGUACACCGUCUGUGUUGUCGUGUGUGACCCUGGAUACGUCAUCGAUGACCUUGAUCAGAUGAGUUGUCAGGUCAACCGGCAGUGGACGAAACACGGGCAAUGUGCUGAAAAACUGUGCCCAGUCCUAGCGCCACCCGUUAACUCAAACAUCACGUGCACGAACGGCAACAAGGUGACGUCAGUGUGUCGCGUGCAGUGCCAGCCAAUGAGCGAGCCGCAGGGAGCGGAUGUGAUCACGUGUCUGGAUAACGAGGAAUGGAGUGACACGCCCCCUUCUUGUAUUCCUUCCUGUCCUGAACCACCACGUGUUGAUAACGGACGUCACGUGUGCGAACAGGGCCGCAAGCAGGGCGAUACGUGUGUACUGAAGUGUGACGGUGGGUACCGGGCAGUGGCGCCACUCUACAUCACCUGCACGAACGUGAGUGACUGGACCGCAUCUGGCUUGUGUACAGAUGUAGAAGCGCCAAGUUUUCCCUUCGGGUGCCCAGAAAAUUUUGUAACAACUGUAGACGUGCUGGGCCGACAGACCAAUGUUUUCUAUUCACUGCCUGACGUCACAGACAACUCUGGCAAAAUACAAAAAAUCGAAGGGAAUCCUGUAAACGGGACAUCGUUUGCAGUUGGUCUAACAACUGUUACAGUACAAGCUUUUGAUAUGGCUGGGAAUGUUGGAAAUUGUUCUUUCAACAUUACAGUCAAAGCUCUGUCCUGCAAGGAUCCGAACCUGCCCGAAAUAUCUCUGCUGAAGUUCACCUGUCCAGACGGGUUUCUCUAUCGAGCUGCUUGUAACGUCUCCUGCACCACAGGCCAGACACUGGUGGGGCCGUCAACGAUGACGUGUCAGUUGAGUUCAAGGUUCAACCGCCCUGAGUGGGUGUGGCCCGGAUCGACUUUCGGUCCGUAUUGUCAAAACCUUUGCCACCCUGGCCAGUACUCGAGAGACGGACGUCAGCCUUGCACUUUAUGCCCAAAAGGCACGUACACCUCAGAGUUUGGUGCCCUCAGAUGUAACGUCUGCCCUUACACGAUGUUCACGGCAGUAGACGGGGCGUCAUCUAAGGACGAUUGUGAAAUGUUUGACUACCUGACGGAGAUUGGCACUAGCUUACCCACAGUGCAAGUCUCACCUGCCAAAGACAAGGUGUUCACCGUCGUUACCUGGGUACACCUGUCCACUGAGUACGAGCGGGCAGCCUUGACCUUUUCCCUGGAUUACCAUCAAGGCGCCGCCAUGUUCUAUAUGGAUAUUGUCAGCUUCUACCUGUGGCCGGUGCCAGUGGAUACCAACCGCUCUUUCAGGAUGUGGUACCACAUCACGCUGAUGUACCAAAACGAGACGGUCACCAUGUACGUCGACGGGAAGUUCGACAGUCAGAAGACAGGGGUCAAGGUCGAAGGGCUAUGGAAUAAUGACAUGCAUCUUGGAUUUACCGUCGACGGGAAUGGAUUGAUUUUUGUCUCCAACGAUAUUGUACUCAGCGGCUUACAGAUGACCCAAGAAAUUUUAACGGAAUCGGAAAUUGCCGAGUUUUCAAGGUCAUGCUUCAAGCCGGUCAAGGACAACACGCUGGACACGGUCAUCGUUGACUCAGCCAAUAUCUGGCCCAGCACGUGCGAUGAUGUGAACAACUGUGCUGGACGUCCGUGUGGUGACCACGGUGUGUGUUUUGAUGACGUGCGUGGCUACAGGUGCGUGUGUGAUGACCUGUGGUCAGGUGACCGGUGCCAGAAUCCCAGGCAGUUCUGUCUGAACAACGCCUGCGUCAACGGUUCUACCUGUGUUAGCCUGCCGGAGCAGCAGACAUACAUGUGUGACUGUCAGACAGGUUAUACAGGUCGCCUGUGUGACAGGGUAAUAGCUGAUGGGAAAUGGGCUACUUGGAGCCACUGGUCAAACUGUACAUCUUGUGGGGUGGGGCAGAGGAAGAGAGUUCGGACAUGCACUGACCCUGCCCCUGACCCCGGAGGUCAGGAUUGUCUUGGGGUGAAGGUCGAAACGCAGUUUUGCGUUGGUGGCCAUUGUCCAGUAGACGGCAGGUUCGGUGGUUGGUCCGAGUGGUCCCAGUGUAGCGCCUCGUGUGGUGGGGGUCUGAUGACCAGACUGAGGUUGUGUGACAGUCCUCCUGCUGGGUACGGGGGAGCUGAGUGUGACCCGAGCCAGGCCAGGUCAACCAUGAAGUGCAACACGGUCACAUGUCCAGAAUGCCCAAGUUUGGUGCCACGACCCGCCCAGCUGGCCAUAAACUGCUCACAACAUGACGGAGAACAAAUCUGUUCGGUUGUCUGCCCGCCUGGAAUGAUCGUCUUACCCCAUUUGGCCAACAUUUUCCAAUGUGGCAAGUCUACAAAUUUCACUUGGUCUCACGUGACUUCACAGAAUCCAAAAGCUUUUUUGCCAGAGUGCACAAAUGUGAAGCUACCACAGUCCUUAAGCAUCGAGCUGAUAUUUCAGUACGGCGAGUUGUCAGAAAAUUCCAGCUCCUUGCCGGAACUGAAGAAAUUUCUGGAACAGAGAGUGGGAUCUCAACUUCCGUGCCAGGAGAUUUCUAGUUGUCGCGUCAACGUCAGUUUGGUGGAGCUGUCCAAUAUGGCGGCUGAAAACGUGACGUCACAAGAUGCAAACACCUUUGAUCAUCGAAUUUUAGGACGUCUCUCGGUCAAUUACAAAGUUAUUCAGAAUCAAUCACAGGUUGCGUACCUUGCAAACCUUACAGAAUACGAGAGGCAAACACAGUUCGAGCAGGCUCGAAUCCUGGACAGACUGAUACGGGCGGUAACACAGAGAAGUGAAGAGCUCCUCGAGGUCGACAACCUUGACCUUUUGUCCUCCAACAAAUCUUUGCUCCUGGUUGCCGAAUGUCCUGUCGGCUCGUCCUUGGUUCGAGGACUUUGUGCCGACUGCCCACCCGGCACCUACACCACCAACACUGGCAGAUGUUCACCUUGUGACCCUGGGUUCUAUCAGGAUCUCCCCAAGAUGGACGUCUGCACGCCUUGUCCCAGCUGUAAAACGACCGCAGGUUAUGGCUCGUACCUGGCUACUCAAUGUGAUCUUGACCUGGAUCCCUGCGUGAUCAAAACAAAUGGCAAAUCAGACAGCCAAAAUUCGUCAAAUUACCAGGCAUUAAUAAUUGGAGUCGUUAUCGGAGGCGUUGGGCUUGUUGUUUUAAUUAUCUUGGUCGUCUCAUGCAUUGUUUACAGAAAGAAACUGAAGAGUCAGGGGCCCCACCCUUACAACGUACCUGACGAAGUGUUUGAAGAGGUUGACGACCCCUACACCCACUUUCCCCCGGAAAAUGACUAUGACGUCAUUCCAGACCAACCCCAGGAUCAGCAGCCGUACAUUGACGUUAAAGAUGGGACACUAUUCGAUACCGGUACAAUGUUCGAUACAGCUGAUACAAUACGUUAUGUAAGUUAUUCGAUACUCGAUACUGGCGGAAAAGAAUUGAAAGGUGAUUCGGAGACUUUAACACAGGUUCGAAUCCAAGAAUUAUGGAAUCAAUUAUCUGACCAGUUUCCGUCUGAUAGUUCAGCCACUUCUAUCCUCCCAUCUUUGCACAAGCCUGUGUUUAGCUUUAAAAUGGAAGAUUUGAAGCAUGGUCAGUGUAAAGAACAAGACCAGGAAAAACAAAGUAUCUCUGGCGGAUUGGAAACCUCGAGAGAGACCAAUAAUGGAGGAUCGUCUGCUGUGGGGAUGAAGGUGUUUACAAGUGAUGGGGAGGUGGGAUUAACGUCUGGAGGAUCUACAGGUGAUGGGGAGGUGGGAUUAAUGUCAGGAGGAUCUACAGGUGAUAGGGAGGUGGGAUUAAUGUCAGGAGGAUCUACAGGUGAUGUGAAGGUGGGAUUAAUGUCAGGAGGAUCCACAGGGGAUGGGGAGAUGGCACAGUGUCCUAAAGGAUCUGCAGCUGAUGUUCAAUUGGAGGUGAGCACAACCAAUGGUUCUGAGACACGCCCCCGUGUGAGCCCUAAUGUUUACUUCACAAAACUAUAAAAACAACAAGCGCUUGUAUUCCCCCAAACGAAUUUUGUUCUGGCUCUAAUUACUUUAAGUUUCAACAUAACAAACAAAAUGUGACUAGUAAAUCAAAUUAAAUAACUAAACCAGCCAUUUUAACAUAUAUACAGUUUGCAUUAUAAACAAAAGUGACAGUAGUUUCUAAUGUAAACAAUAAUACAGUAAUUAUUUCAUUGUAAAUAAAAGUAACAGUAGUUUCUAAUUUAAACAGUAAGACAGUAAUUAUUUCAUUGUAAAUAAAAGUAACAGUAGUUUCUAAUUUAAACAGUAAGACACUAAUUAUGUCAUUGUAAGUAAAAGUGACAUUAGUUUCUAAUUUAAGCAGUAAGACAGUAAUUAUGUCAUUGUAAAUAAACAGAAAAUUAUUCCAUCUGUAAACAAGUAAAUGAUAUUAAUUAUUGUGAUUAGCCAACAUACCUUGCAUACCAGGCUGUAUACAAACAGUGUGUUUCUUUCACAUAUUUUUCUUCGGGAGGGUACUCUAAACUGUUGGAGCGGGGGGGGGGGGUCACUUAAAUAUCCGGGCGUGGUGUACAAUUGUUAAAAUAUGUUUUUAAUUCAUUCGUGGGUGGGGUCGGUACACUUGCAUUGGGGGAGAGAGAACUCUGCUGGCUAGAUUACACAUCUCACGCCAAGCCCAUGUAGAUUUAAUUAGAUCAAAACAUGUAUUCCACGUAGACAAUACAAAUAGUUUAGCUUAUGUUGUAAUUACUAUACAAACUGUUUAAUUAACCAUUUGUUUUUUAACUACUACUUUAAGCAUUAAAAAUUUAAAGAUUUUAUAUAUUAAUUGCUGUAAAACAUUUAUUUUACGUAGAAAAAUAAAAAUAGUUUAGAUUAUGUUGU